GCCUGUGUCAGCGAAAUGACUCUUUCGCUAUCGCUGCUCAUUUCUGCCGUGUGCAUCGUCGUGACGCUGGCCGGGAUUAGCUGGCUGCCUUUGCUGGCGUGGCUGCGUCGACGUCGCCGCACCUACGAGUUGGCAGCCCAGCUGCCAGGACCACGCGAUCUACCGCUACUCGGACAUUUUCACAUGUUUUUCGGCUUGGAGCCGUGGCAAGUGCCGCAGCUGAUUGCCCAGCUGGCGGAGCAAUAUGAUGGCACCUUCAAGCUCAAAAUGGGCAGCAACUUUAGCCUGAUGAUGUUCCAGCCACGGGACAUGGAAGUUGUUCUCGGCAGUAGCCAGCUGCUCGACAAGGCUAUCGAGUAUAGCUUUCUACACGGCUGGCUCAACGAUGGACUGCUCCUGAGUAGCGGGCAAAAAUGGCAUCGCCGUCGCAAGAUCAUCACGCCCGCCUUCCAUUUCCGCAUCCUAGAGCCGUAUGUGGAGAUCUUUGAUAGGCAAACUCGAGUGCUCAUUCGCAAGUGGCAGCAGACCCUUGGCCAUUCCUUCGACCUGGGACAUGAUGUGCAUCUGUUCACGCUGGAUGUCAUUUGUGAAACCGCCAUGGGAGUCUCCACCAACGCACAGACGAAUGCCGACUCGGAUUACGUUCGUGCAGUGAAGACCAUUUCGAUGGUGCUGCACAAGCGCAUGUUCAACAUCUUCUAUCGCUUCGAUCUGACCUACAUGCUAACUCCUCUGGCUAGAGCCGAGCGUCGAGCCUUGAAAGUGCUGCACAGCUUUACAGCGAUCGAGAUGUUCCUGGUGUUGGGUCUUAUUCUGGCUAGCGCUCUAUUUGUGGGCCUACUCAUCUAUCAGCUGAAGUUCAAGCACCUUAUCGAGGUGACGCGAGAUUUGGGUAGUGCGCCGACGUUGCCAGUAGUCGGUCAUGGCUAUCACUUCGUGGGCAUGGAACCUCAUGAACUUAUUAUAAAGGUUAGGGGUUUCAUGGAAACAUAUGGCAAGGAUUAUACGCUCAAAGUGUGGCUAGGCCCAGAGCUAAACCUGCUCAUGGGCAAUCUCAAGGAUGUGGAAGUGGUCCUUGGCACACUUCGAUUUAAUGACAAGGCCGGUGAGUACAAUGCCCUCGAGCCAUGGCUCAAAGAAGGUCUACUCAUCAGCCGUGGUCGCAAAUGGCAUAAACGCCGCAAGAUCAUUACGCCUGCUUUCCACUUCAAAAUUCUGUACCAAUUCGUCGACAUUUUUGAGCGUGAGUCGCGUGUACUGCUCAAGAAUUUGGAGAGGGAACGCCAGCAGCAGGGCCAAGGUGGUUUUAAUCUAUACGAUUGGAUCAAUCUUUGCACAAUGGACACUAUUUGUGAAACUGCUAUGGGUGUGUCAAUCAAUGCACAGACGAACGACGACUCGGAUUACAUUCGUGCAGUGAAGACCAUUUCGAUGGUGCUGCACAAGCGCAUGUUCAACAUCUUCUAUCGCUUCGAUCUGACCUACAUGCUAACUCCUCUGGCUAGAGCCGAGCGUCGAGCCUUGAAAGUGCUGCACAGCUUUACAGAGAAGAUCAUCGUGCAGCGUCGUCAUGAGCUGCUCCGCGCAAACAGCUCAACACAGAGCUCGGACGAUACAGAUGUGGGUGCCAAGCGCAAGAUGGCUUUCCUGGACAUUUUGCUGCAGUCGAAGAUCGACGACAAGCCGCUGACCAAUGAGUGUGAAAUAAAUGGCAAAAUCAUUCCGGCCGGUACAAAUAUAGGAAUUUCGCCAUUGCUUUUGGGUCGACGUGAGGAUCUCUUCAGUGAGCCAAAUACGUUUAAGCCUGAGCGUUUUGACGUCGUAACGAGUGCAGAGAAACUCAAUCCUUAUGCCUACAUUCCCUUCUCGGCUGGCCCGCGCAACUGCAUUGGUCAGAAAUUUGCCGUACUCGAAAUUAAAGCGAUAGCGGCGAACGUUUUGCGACAUUAUGAAGUUGAAUUUGUUGGAAAUGCGGAGGAGCCACCAGUGCUUAUUGCUGAGCUGAUCCUUCGCACCAAGGAUCCACUCAUGUUUAAGCUCAAGCAGCGAAUCCUCUAAUUUAUUUCACAUAUAUGUAUACAUUUUCCGUUAUGAUUUUGCAAAUGGAGAUGUGUGUAUUCAAUAAA